UCCAAAACGCCCCAUCACCAUGUCAAACUCAAAUGUUCGUCUUUAAUGAGUUAGUGUUAAAGUUCAUCCGAUAGAGCAACCAUCACUUUCAGCCAUGGAGAAGUUUUUACUGCUGACUUUCCUCUUAUAUGUUCUGAUAUGUUUGGGUACCGGUCAGCACCAUUUACGCGCACGUGUUGGACCGUGGAGUCAGCGGUUCCAGUGGGAGAAUAACGGGCAGGUGUACAGUUUACUUAGCACUGGGACUCAGUAUCGUUUGCCUUCACAGACCAGGAGACGCACUCAGCUCUUACUGACGACUAAAAACAACUUGAACCGACUUCACCCUCCUGUUGCGAUUGGCAGAUCCAGCAGGACCAGAUCUGGAGACGCAACAGGAGGUCAGUCUCAACGAAACGACAUCAUUCAAAUGGACGCGUCUGUUCUUGGUGCUGAUGCGGGUCAGUAUUUGCUCGCCUCGGGACGGCAGGGGACACACGCUCAGUCCCCGCUGCGCGUCUCGACCACAGGUGCUGCGUCUGUGGGACACCAUUCACACCAGGCGUCUAACAACAGCGCUGCCUCUUUCACCUCCAUCCAGGAGUUCUCCGGCAGUGGAAUCCCACGAGGAGGCAGAAUCACACCUGGAGAUGACGCUAGCUCACAACCGGCCACCGUGUCGGCGGUAAGAUCACCGGAGUUUACGCGCAGCCGGGUAGGUAGGCUAAGAUCCGAGAGCUCGGAUUCUACUGCUCGGGCACCUGGCACAGCUGGAUGGGUCGAUAUGGCUGAGGAUAGUGGAACUAACUUAGGUGUCGCUCACAGUGUGCAAAGAGCGCAGUCAUUGACCAGAAUACCACCGGAGACAAAUGUUUCCCCCACAGCGCUCUCCAGUAACGCCGUAGAAGUACACUUUCCUCCUGCAAGAACGGAUACAGCACGGACUGAAACGAGUGACCCACGAGACCCGCACAGCAUUCAUCACAGGAACUCGGUUUUCUAUGACGUUUACCCAGCAGACCGCAGAAACAGGAUCACUGUGCGCCCUCCACCUGCAGCCGGCUACGGCACCAGGUUCUUCCACAAUGGUCUCCCAGACUUGGUUCCUGACCCUUACUACAUCCAGGCUGCCUCGUACAUCCAGAGAGUGCAGAUGUACGCACUCCGAUGUGCUGCUGAGGAGAAAUGUCUGUCCAGGUCUGCGUAUCAUCCGAGUGUGAGGGACCUGGACUACAGAGUCCUGCUACGCUUCCCGCAGCGAGUCAAGAACCAGGGAACAGCAGACUUCCUCCCAAUGAAGCCCAGACAUGAGUGGGAAUGGCACAGCUGUCACCAACAUUACCACAGUAUGGAGGCCUUCAGUAACUACGACCUGCUGGAUAUCUCCACUGAGCAGAAGGUCGCUGAGGGACACAAGGCCAGUUUCUGUCUGGAGGACACGUCUUGCGACCCGGGAACACGUAGACGCUUUGCCUGCACUGCUCACACUCAGGGGCUCGGUCCUGGUUGCUAUGAUACGUAUCAUGCCAACAUCGACUGCCAGUGGAUCGACAUCACUGAUGUCCCACCUGGAAACUACAUACUCAAGGUUACAGUAAACCCGUCACAGCUGGUCCAGGAGUCGGACUUCUCCAACAACGAGGUGCGCUGCGACAUCAGGUACACAGGAAGCUACGUGCAGGCCAGAAACUGCAGAAUAACUGGAAGCUGACCUGACUGAAGCUCUCCAACAAAAAUCUAUUUUAAUACCUUUUUGUUCGUCUGAAUCUGCAGUUGCUACUCUGCGAUACAGCUGUUUUACAUCCAAAUGUCUGCCAUUAUAUAAGUUAAUGUUUGUAUUUAUGCAUUUUGAUAUGAUGUAGUUAUAGUCAGGCUGGAUAGUUGUCAUGUUAAGUUAUGUUAUUUGUUAGAAAAUGCUGUACAUCAUCAGUGGAUUUUAAAGCAGCGCAUGAGUGUACUGCUUGAGGAAGCAUGUUAGCAUAGCUCACAAAACUGAAGAAAGAAAGCUAUUGUUAGCAAAGCUGUAUUAAUUAAUUGAGUCAAACUGUACGACUGAUUUGGUGCUAAUUUUGGGGGAAACAGUGGUGCUUUUCUCCCCUGAAAUUCAUCAGGAUUUGACAACAUGUGUAUUAAAGUGAAGGAUUUAAAAGGGCUGCUGAAGUGUAAAUAAAUACUUUCAGUAAUUUACAGAAGUUUAAUGUAAGAGUCUCAUUAUUAUGCAUCUCACCCUGGCACAACAAGUAGUAUUUUGUUAUAUCUUGUAUAUAUAAGAGAAAUGAUUGAUUGUUUGACAUUUUUUUAUAAU